AACGCGGAGCACACUGCGACUCGGAAGCUGUUGGAACAGAAGAUGUGGCUUUCUUCAGUGCUAGUGCCGCUUCUCAGGCUGUAUUUAUGCGGAGUGAAAGUCCUCUUCUAUCAAAUGUUCAACCGGUCCUUUACGCUACCAGUCUUACCCAAGCAAAAUGGAAGGGUUGCCAUUGUGACUGGAGGUACCAGAGGGAUGGGUUUUGAGACAGCAAGACACCUGGCAAGCCUUGGCAUGCAUGUUAUCAUAGCUGGGAACGAGAGAGAAGAGGGAACAGAAGCCGUCAGGAAGAUUCAUGAAGAGGGCGGCAAAGGAAAAGCUGAGUUUGUCUUUGUGGACCUGACUUCACUAAAAUCCGUGCGCCAGUUCGCUCAGACGUUCAGAGACAGAGGUCUACCCCUCCACGUUCUGGUUAACAACGCUGGGACCAUGUUGGUGCCUGAAAGACAGACAGAGGACGGCUUUGAGUUCCACUUUUGCCUCAACUACCUCGGUCACUUCCUGCUGACCAACCUGCUGCUGGACGUGUUGAAGAAAUCAGGAAAGCAGGGCUGCUGCUCCAGAAUCAUCAAUAUGUCCUCCGCCACACACUACGCAGGAGUUAUAGACAUGGAGGACUUAAACAGAAGGAUCUGCUACAGCUCCCAUGGUGCUUACUCCCAAAGCAAACUGGCUCUGGUCCUCUUCACCUACUUCCUGCAGGAGCAGCUGACGGCCGGCGGCUUCGCUGUGACGGUAAACGCCGUGGACCCCGGCAUGGUGGACACAGCUUUGUACAACAACCUGUGGAGCCUCGCCCAAGCGCUCAAGAAACCUGUGGCGAAGACGCUGUUCAGAACUCCAGCAGAGGGAGCGUCCAUAUCCAUCUAUGCGGCGGCUGCUGCUGAGAUGGAGGGAGUGGGGGGCUGUUAUCUGUACAACGGCGUGAAGACGCAGUCCUCCGAUCUUUCCUACGACUCUGAGCUGCAGGUGAAGCUGUGGAAAAAGAGCUGCGAGCUUGUGGGCCUCCAGAAAGCCUGACUGGCUUUGCUGUAACCUCCAGACUGGUUAGUUCAACGUUGCCACCAGUCACCGAGGGAUGAAAAACGACACCAAGCCACCUCCUCACUUUAUUUUCAACAUCCGGUAUCAUGAAAUAUCCACUUAACGAGUGGUUUCCAGAUUAAAUGUUAGGGCCCGACCAAUAUGGAUUUUUUGAGGCCGAUGCCGAUUCCAAUAUUUGGCAGAAAAAAAUUCCGAUAACUGAUUAAUCGCCGAUUAAUUUAAAAAACAUAUAAUGAACAAAAUUGCUUCUGUUUUUGGUCCCUUAAUGCUUAAAACAAAAAAUAUUUGAACUACAGGCAGAACAUUUUACUGUUUUACAAUACUUUGUCCUUUAGUAUUUCUUUAACUUUACAAUAGAGAGGAAGUUUCAAGUACAACAACAUACCUUGUCUUGUACUUCUUGUUGCUGCAAAUUAGAGGUAGGUUAUAUUACAGGUGAAGUUACUGGAAAAACAUUAUUUCUGCAGCCCUCUGAUGCCCUUUAAUGUUAAAUCACAUUUUCUCUACUCCAUUAUUUCUUUGCCAUGAAGUCAUGACUCCUAUGAACCAAAAUAUAAACCAGAGAACCUUUCUCAGAUGUUAAACAUGUCAUCUUUGACAGAGUUGCAGUUUAAAUAUGUAAUAGUCACAAAUAGUCCGAUACUAAUGUUCCUCCAUAACAACACACACAGUGAGUUGCUGUUCCAGCCUGGGUCAUGUUAUAGUAUUUUCUGAAUACUGUUUUAUGACAAAGAAAGAAUAUAUCGGUAUUUAAUCAGCAAAAUUCUGGCCGAUGCCGAUUAUUUUGAAAAGGGCUACAAUCGGCUGAUAAAUCGGUCAGGCCCUAUUAAAUGUGUCUCACAAGCCCAGCAGUUUUCAUUGAGAAUGUUUUGAAUGAGAUGCGUGUUGAAUAAUAGUGUACUCGAAACUAGUCAAAGUAGCCUCCAUACAAAUGGAAGUAAGUACACCUCUGUGCAAUAUCAAUAAAAUGACCAAUGAUUGUAAAUUCUGUCACCUCUCAAUAACUGUACAAUUUCUGAUGUUAACAGUGGAGUAUUUCCUCUUACUACAUUGGAAAUACAGGCCCCCAAGUAGAAACGAAACUCAGCGUAACUAAACUGACUGACUAAAAACAGCAAAUGCGCCCCUGCAAAAGUACACUUUACGAAAUCACCCGAAAACAAGCCUGAUAUUGAAUAUUUGGAGCACAUUGUUUGGCUAGAUGAGACCAGGAUACAUUUUAUUAAGUCUCAAGGAUAGUAUCCAGCUUGUUUGGCUAAACCAGACAAAACAGUGAAUGCAUAGUCCCGACAGUGAAGCACACAGAUGGGAGUGUGAUUACAUCAGGGCUAAAUGAGUGUAAAGGGUGCUGCUAAAACUGUCAAAAUCACACCAGAUUUUUUAAAAACAAAAGAAAAACUAUGACCUGGUGAAGCACGUCUUCUGACUUCAAUAGAACACUGUUAAAAAAAGAAUGGCAGGGCAACAACCCCCCUCAUAGAUCUGACUGUCAGUAAAGAAAGGUGUACUGACUUAUGCUGUGUAAAGCCUGUAUUUUUAAUACAGGAAAUUUUUACAUUUACAUGAGAGCAACUUCUUUCUUUAACUGUGAAUAAUGAAGCACUCCAAACUGCCACUGCUAACAACUGAAAGUGACCUCCAUGAAUGGAUACAUCACUCACCACUGACUAUAAAUCCCAAAAAAAUUUACUCUUUUUUUAUUUUAUUUUUGCAAUUUCAGUAAUUCUUGUGCCUUAUCUCUCGUACAUGAACCAGCUGUUGUUUUGAUGUACAAACUAGACUGAAGUGAAGCCAGUGCUGAAGUGCCUUAAACCUGCAUUCUUUGCUACAGCCAGCAGGGAGCAGCUCCUCCAGUGGCAAAAAAAAAGAUGUCAAAUUGUAUAAAAGCCUAUGAGAAAAUGACCCUACUUCCUCUAACCUGCUACUCCAGUAAGCAUUUUCUGAUUGAGUUUUUGGCCUCAAUCGCACAUUUCAAGAAUUUCUGAGCACAACAUGAUGUUCGCUUUCUAAAUUGUGGACAGAUCGCAACCACCACUCGCUUUGUUGCUUCCAGUUCCAAAAGUCCAAGAUAUCACUGAUCAAAUUCAAAAUUGAAGGCUCAAAAAUAUCUGCCCAAAACCAAUGAGUCCAUCUUUGUAUAAAGCCUGGAGAUACAUAAUGCAGACUGUGAUGUGUUUUCUGACCUCUGCUGUCACUACAGAUGCUAUUAUCUGUGUGAUUUCUUCUUCGUCAUAACGGUCAUACAGUUUGUUUUCGUGUGCCAAGACACAAAACCACAUUAUUAUGUGAAUCGUUCCAAGUGUUUCUGUUGUGUUAAAUAAUCACCGACAAUCCUUAAUGCCUUAGCAGUGUUUAUGACUCUAUUGAUUGUGCACUAAUGUGAAUUAUGUUGUUAAUUUACAUGAUAAGUAAAACUUUAUUUAAUGUCAAA